UAACAGUUUUUUGUCAUCUUUUCUUUAUGAAGAAGAAAAUAAAUUAUUGCGUGUGAUUGCAAUUUUUCCUGUAAAUUUAAUGUGCAGUUUCCACCUUGCUACAGGUCCAAAUGUCUCUUGAGACAAUUUUAAAUAUUACUUUGUUGUCCGAACAUCUGGAAUCCUCAUUGAAUUUCACGAGAGGACUCUAUCAAUUGAUCCUGUCGUAUUCCUACGAAAAUUUGACAGUAGACUUCGUCCCUUUCACGGAUUUCCAAUUGGUUUUGUUGAAAUCCUUCCUGACCUUGUCCCUCAUCACCUCCAGUCUUGUUAUUUUCUACUGGCUUAAGUACGGCAGUGUCAUCUCAGAUAGAUUCAUCAAACCAAGUACUGUCAAGGAGAUUGAGGAAUUGAAGCUGUCUGUGGCUCGUCUGAAACUUCCCAAGGAACAUACCCCUAGAAUCUAG